CCCUCACAAGUGUGCCAAUAAAUUCAUCCAAAAUUACGCGAACAUUUUGAUUUGCCUCCAUUUUUGGUGAAGAGAAUUCCCCUUCUUGCAACGAAGCACGCUUGCCUUUGUUUUGGUCCCCAUCGAUUCAUGAAUAUAUUUUUAUGUACACCUGCGCGCGCGCCCUUCAUAGCCCGCCCUCCUCGUGCACACCAUAACAUACCGUGAAGGUGCCGCUUCAACCGCUACGGCGAGGCGCAACCUCUUCUCGCAGCAAGUGCAGCCCACGCGGGUACGGUUACGCUGUUACGCGGUUACAUGAUCGCUACUGCUUCCCAUCUCGUGACAGCGGGCUUUGUGCUGCCGUUAUAUAUAUAGAGAGAUAAACCGAGUGCGCCCCUCUGCGCCCGCUGAUAUUUUCCCCCGCAAUAUCCCCAAAUUAACGUCCAAGUUCCAAGAUGAGCAACAUCCACACCCUAGCGGAGUACCGGGACGACUACGGGGAAAACCUCCCCUUCAACAGAAAGUACUACCAGUCCCAGAGUAGCUUCAUACAAAGAUCGAAACCCAUUGAUGUAGUGAACCUCAUAUUUCCGCACUUCACCUGGAAGAGCUUUAUCAUGGCCGUGUCCAUUAUACAAAUAAUUGUUUUCAUAAUAUCAGUUAGUAUAAAGCCCGCGGAUUUUUUGACUCCCUCUGACUCCCUGCUGAUAACGCUAGGGGCGAAUGUGGCUUCCAGGAUAAAGCAAGGCGAAAUUCAUAGAUUAAUUCUGCCCAUAUUUUUGCAUGCGAACAUAUUUCACACCUUUUUUAAUGUGUUUUUCCAAUUAAGAAUGGGAUUUACAUUGGAGAAAAAUUACGGCAUUGUGAAGGUCAUCAUUCUUUAUUUCUUGACAGGCAUAUACGGAAACAUAUUAUCCUCCUCUGUUACUUACUGCCCCAUCAAAGUUGGCGCGAGCACCUCCGGCAUGGGAUUACUGGGAGUUGUAACAUCUGAAUUGAUACUACUAUGGCAUGUUAUUAGACAUAGAGAGAGAGUCGUUUUUAACAUUAUCUUUUUUUCUUUAAUUUCUUUUUUUUACUAUUUCACAUUUAACGGGUCGAAUAUUGAUCAUGUUGGCCAUUUGGGAGGACUGCUCUCAGGCAUAUCCAUGGGCAUACUCUACAACAGCCAAAUGGAGAACAAGCCGUCCUGGUACGACCACAUGAAGAUGGCUUCCUACGCCUGCUUAGCUCUGUUGGCCAUCGUCCCUCCGAUUGUUUUGUUCGCCGUGCCGCGCACCUGCUGA